AUGGACUCCAAGGCCGCUGACCAGGCACUGGAGACGCUUCACCAGAUCUCGUCGAUCCUAGACUGCGGCCUGGACAAGGAGACGCUGCGCAUAUUGGUUGGACUGUGCGAGGCAGGUGUCAACCCCGAGGCACUGGCGCACGUGGUGAAGGAGCUGCGGAGAGAGGCGGCGCUGCUGCGCGCGUCCGACCCGGCGCAGCAGUCAGGGGGCGGCGUGCGCCAGUGA